AUGAGUUCGUUACAGACUCCGUCAGGCAUGUUUUAUACAAGCUGGUCUGCCUAUUGCAGAGACCCAUGUGCCAUUUAUCAAGCCUCGAACUGCAUUGCGCUGACCAGUCCCUCUCCUGCCAUGAUAAACAUUUCCAAGUUAGCCCAAGACGGAUUUAGCGAUUGUGAAGCUGAGCUUUCCUUCGUCAUAUCCAAGAGUGGCCACGACAUUCCGGAAUAG